AUGGCCUCCAACGGAUAUUACCAGCAGCAACCUCCCCCUCCUCAGCAAGGCGGCUAUUAUAAUAAUGGCGGCGCACCGUAUCAACAACAGCCAUAUCAGCAACAGUAUCAGCAGCAGCCGUUUUCAAAUCAGCCCCAGUACCCUCCACCUCAGGGCCCGCCGCCGCCGCCGCAGAAUGGCUAUGGCCCCACGAACUAUGGCAACGAGAAGGUUUCGUUCGACCAGGCCUUCAAGGUAGAGAAGCCCAAAUGGAACGACCUAUGGGCAGGCAUCUUGUUCAUCUUGACAAUGGGCGGUUUUGUUGCCGUCUCUGGCAUUGCUAUUCAAGGCUAUGCGGCAACGAGGAGUACCAACGGCAGUGGCAUCUAUGACGGCGACGACAAUACCUUUGGUCUAAACACGAGCACGAUCAUUCUCUUCGCCUUUUGUCUUGGCAUGGCAUUUGUGCUGAGCUACAUCUAUGUCUCCCUUGCGCGCGCCUUCCCCAAACAGUUUAUAUGGGUCACCGGCAUCUUGAAUAUCGUCUUCGGGCUGGUCACCGCGGUGUGGAUGCUCAUUCGCCACUACUACUCUGGUGGAAUCGUUUUCCUCAUCUUUGUCGCCUUCCUGAUCUUCUGUUUCAUCAGCUGGAUCCCGCGCAUUCCUUUUAGCGCUCUCAUGCUGCGCACUUCUGUUGAUAUUGCGAAGCAUCAUGGACAUGUAUGGUGGGUUAGCCUCAUUGGCGGUCUAAUCGGCGCGGCUUUUGCCGCAUACUUCUCUGUCACUCUCACAGCUGUCUAUGUCAAAUACUCGCCGAGCUCCAACAAUCCUGCAUGCCAGCAAGGAGCUGGUGGGUGCAGUAACGGCAAGGUCAUCGGUCUCAUUGUAUUCAUCACAUUUGCGGCGUACUGGUUCUCCGAAUGGCUGAAGAACACCAUUCAUACCACUGUUUCAGGCAUAUACGGAUCUUGGUACUUCUCUGCCAAUAACUAUCCAACCAAGGUUACCCGGGGCGCAUUGAAGCGGUCUUUGACGUAUAGCUUCGGUUCGAUCAGUCUUGGAAGUCUCAUCGUUGCGCUUAUCAACCUGCUACGACAAAUCUGCUCCAUUGCGCGCCAACAGAGCAGCCAGGAAGGGAAUAUCGUGGGUACGAUACUGUUUUGCAUUCUGGGCUGCAUUAUCUCGGUUCUUCAAUGGGCCGUUGAAUUCGUCAACCGUUAUGCAUUCUCUCACAUUGCUUUGUACGGCAAGCCAUAUUUUGCAGCUGCCAAAGACACUUGGAGACUCAUAAAAGACCGCGGCAUCGAUGCGUUGGUCAACGAAUGUCUCAUUGGCCCCGUCUUCAGUAUGGGCGCUACCUUUGUUGGGUACGCCUGCGGUUUGCUAGCAUACCUCUACCUGCUUUUCACCAAGCCGGCCUACAAUGAUGAUGGGGGAUACACACCCGUGGUGGUUGCUUUUGCGUUCCUCAUCGGGCUGCAAAUCUGCAACGUCUUUACGACGCCAUUGAGCAGCGGCAUCGACACUAUAUUCGUGGCAGCGGCGUGGGAUCCAGAAGUCAUGAUCAGAGAACAUCCCGACUUGUAUCACCAGAUGGUGCAGGUGUAUCCGCAUGUUCAGCAAGCGAUUCACGCGUGA